CCUUACAUUGUGUCACUUAAGCUUCUUCUUCUUUGUUAUUUUCUCAUCAAUCAGAAAAUUUGCACAUUUUUUUAUAAAAACCUAGUAAAUCACAUUAUUUUUCUUUAAAAUUAUUAAUAAAACAUUUUAAAUAACAAUGGCUGAUCAUGAGAUUAAUGGCACUGAAGACGAUGUCCAAGAUAAGAAACAAAAAAAGCAAACUAAACAUGAUGGUGGUGCUGCCGAUCUCGAAAGAGUUACUGACUAUGCUGAAGAAAAGGAAAUCUCCACCGCCAAUAUAUCAAGUGCUGUAGAACAAUUCGGUAAUCAAAGACAAAAGGAAGAUGAAUUAAGGGAGGCCAAAGAAAAGGAACUGCAAAUGGUUCAAGUUAAAAAAGAAGAUAUAGAACUUAUAAUGAACGAAAUGUUGAUUACCAAAAUGCAAGCUGAAAAAGUAUUGCGUGAACAGAGUGGAGAUGUAGUGGCGGCUUUGGAGGCCAUUAUUGCAAAUUAGUUUUUUUUAAGUUAUACUUUUUUUGAUAAUCUUAAUAAAUAUUUUAAAAGGAGCUAAUCAAUUAAAA